GUUUCAUCUCUAGAUAAAUUAUCCGAAAAACAAUUACCCCCAAAAGAGGAAUUCUAUUCAAAACUAAAUGAUGAAGACAUAACUGAUGAUGAUUACCAACACGCAAUUAAUGUAUGGAAUACUUUUGAAUGUAAAUCAAUAAGAGAUUAUCAUAAUCUUUACCUAAAGUCUGAUGUCCUACUUCUGUCAGAUGUAUUUGAAAACUUUAGAAAAACUUGUCUCAAACGUUACAAGCUAGAUCCAGCUGAUUAUUACACAUCUCCUGGAUUAGCUUGGGAUGCAUGUCUCAAAGAAACAGGUCAGGAAUUACAAUUACUGCAUGAUUAUGAUAUGUUAAUGAUGUUUGAGCGGGGUAUUCGUGGUGGAAUAACACACAUAUCAAAAAGAUAUGCAGAGGCAAAUAAUAAAUACAUGAAAGAUUAUAAUCCUGAUGAGGAGUCUAGUUAUAUUCAAUAUUUGGAUGCAAACAAUCUUUAUGGUUGGGCAAUGUCUCGACAACUUCCUACACAUGGGUUUAAAUGGAUGAAAGAUAUAACAAAAGAAAAGGUAAUGGAAAUUCUAGAGAAAGCAAAUCAUAGUAUGUUUAAUCGUGGAAGAAAAGGAUAUAUAUUUGAAGUUGAUUUGGAAUACCCUUCCAGCCUAUGGGAAGAUCAUAAUGACUCUCCUCUAGCACCUGAGAAGAUGAUUGUUAAUGGUGUUGAAAAACUAAUUUGUCAUUUUAAACCAAGAAAAAACUAUGUUGUACAUUAUCGAAAUCUUAGACAAUAUCUUGAAAUGGGAAUGAGAAUAACUGCUGUUCAUAGAGGAAUAUCAUUUUUUCAAAGUUCUUGGAUGGAACCAUAUAUAAGAAAAAAUACAGAACUUCGAAAAACAGCAGCCAACAGUUUUGAGAAAGACUUUUUCAAACUAAUGAAUAAUUCCGUAUUUGGAAAAACAAUAGAAAACAUAACGAAAAGACAGAAUAUAGAACUUAUUGAUAAUCGUAAGAAAGCUGCCAAACUAUCAAGUCGACCAAACUUUGAUAGAGCAACAAUAUUUGAUAAUCAUCUUAUUGCAGUCCAUAUGAAGAAGACUAAAGUUUAUUUUAACAAACCAGUAUAUGUUGGUCAAGCAAUUCUAGAUUUAUCAAAAACAUUAAUGUUUGAUUUUCAUUAUAACUACAUCAAAAAGAAAUAUGGAAACAAAGCUGAGUUAUUGUUUACAGAUACAGACUCAUUGAUGUUCCAAAUUAAAACAGAUGAUUUUUACAAAGAUAUAUCCCAUGACAUACUAACCAAGUUUGACACUUCAGAUUAUCCUCCUAAUCACCCAUCUGGAAUACUAACAGGAGUUAACAAAAAAGUGAUAGGGAUGUUUAAAGAUGAAGUAGCGGGAAAACAGAUUACUUGUUUUGUUGGAUUGCUGCCCAAACUUUACAGUUUUAGAAUUGAAGAAGAUAAAGAAGUACGUAAAUGCAAAGGAAUAAAGAAAAAUAUUGUAAAAAAGAAAUUAGAUUUUGAUGACUAUGUUCAAUGUUUAUUUACGGGAAAAAAAGAAAUGAGAAAGAUGAAAAUAAUAAGAAGUGAAAAUCAUGAUAUAUAUUCAAAAGAAGUUAACAAAGUAGCACUAAGUAAUGAAGAUGAUAAAAGAAAGGUCCUUAAAGAUAGUGUGAACACUUUAUCUUUUAGAUAAAAAAAAAAUGAUUCAAAAGAAUUAAAAUUUAAUAAUUAUAAAUUAUGAAUUGUCAUGAAACUAUUAUAUUUAACAAUAUUAAAUUUUAUGUCCAUCCAAUCUAUAAUCGAUAUGCUGCUAGCAAAGAUGGACAGAUAUAUGGUAAAAAACAUAAAAUAAUAUUAAAACAAAAUGUAAACACAGGAAAUGGAGGGUAUUUAUAUUUCUUUGCUUAUAAUGAAAAAGGAAGAAAAAAUUAUUCCAUUUCUAGAUUUGUUUAUGAAUGUUUUAACGGUAAAAUACCAAAUGAUAAACAAAUUGAUCACAUUGAUAAAAAUGAAUAUAAUAAUCGUCUAGAUAAUCUUCAAUUAUUAUCAUUAAAAGAAAAUACGAGAAAAGCACAUAAUAAAAGUGUUAAGUCGUUUAAUAUUGAAACAAGAAAAGAAAAAAAAAUUUAGAAGUAUCAAAGAAGCAUCAGAGGAAUUAGAAAUUUGUUCAGGUUCAAUUUGUUCAAAUUGUAAAAAAAAAAUCUAAAUUUACAAGAUCAAAAAAAGAUGGAAUGAUUUAUCUUUUUAAUUAUAUCUGAUAUUGUAUUUAUAUGUUUAAUAAAGUAAAAACGAUAGCUUUAAGGUAAUAAAGUAUAAAUAAUAAAUGACAUAUACAGAAGAUCAAAUAAAGAAAUAUCUAGAAAUAUUGUAUAAUUAUAUUAGUUAACCUGAAGAGGAAGUUAGUAGAAAAUCUAAAUGUUGCAAUUGUCAAAAUAGUGAAUGUUUUACCAUUGAUUCUGGUUAUAAAAUCUGUGAUUACUGUGGAGUAGCAAACGGGCAUGUAUUAGGCUUUUACGAUGUUAAAGAUUACGAUAGAUUAUAUUUUAGAAAAAAGAGUAUUUAUCAUAGGAAGUAUCACUAUGAGAAAAAGGUUAAUCAAAUUUCUAAAAGAAUAAACCUAACUGAUGAACAAAAAUGUGAACUUUACGAUAAACUAAUAAAAAUAGAUAAUUACACCAUGGAAAUACUAAAUAAAAAAUACUUUAGAAAGAGGAUGAUAAAAUCAUUUUUUAUCCAAACCUAGCAAUCUUCUUGCCUCUUCUACUUUUAAUUUGUAGUACUCUCGCUUUAAUUCUUUUAGGUAAUCAUCUUCUGAUACUCCAUCUGGUGGACUAGCGUCUUCAAAAAAAUAUUCAAAUAAAUCAUUAUCAUCAGAUGAAUAAAACAUUUCUUUUGCUUCAAUUUCAGGUGAAUCAACAACUCGCUUACUCAUUUUAUUUAAAUAUUUUAUUCUUUAAAUCUUUAUAACUAUCCCACCACUUUUCAUAAAUCUCUAAAGUUUGAGGACUAAUCUUAAGAUAAAUUAGUUUAUACUUUUCACAUCCCAUCUCCUCCAAAAGUUUUUUGAUUAAAUAAAAAAUACUUAUAUUAAUUUUUAAUAUAAAAUUGUAAAUAUAUUUAUUUUAAUCCUUUAUGAAAAAUCCAGUAACUUAUUCCAGUUAGGUAACCUAAUACUUCACUAUUUAUUGGAGAGUCAAAUGUGUAUACACAUCCUCUUCCAAUUUUGUAAUGUUUAUGAAAAGAUUUAAAAGCUCUAUAAAACAUUAGAUGAUUAUUUAGAACAGGAUUAUUAGAUUUAAUAGAUCUAUCUUCUAUUCUAUAGAAUAUUUUUUCUAUAUCUAUAUUUUCUCUAAAAUAAACUUCGUGUAAGUAUCUGUAAAUGAGUGAUGUUUUUAUAAGAUUUUCAGGAUAGGGAAGAUGUUUGUAAAAAGGAUAAUAAAAGUUAACAUAAUUCACAAUUGUGUUUAUCAUUUUAUGUAUUGAUUAUAAUAUCUUUAAUAUAAUUAUUAAAUAAAAUGCCUAUACAAAUUAAUCCUCGCUCAUUGUUAAAUCUAAAUCAUAUCUGUGAAGUGUUAUACAAACUUCAUCCAUCUAUUUUAGAUGACUUGGUUCAAAUGGAAAGAUAUUGGGGAGCUAUAAUUGGUAAUAUAGACUUAACGAAUUUAAACUUAGAAGAAAGAGAAUUCUUAGCUAAUAUUGAUGAUAAAGUAGAUUACUCAAAGGAACCUGAGAAACCUAAGGAACCGGAGGAUCUAUUAAAAACGAUAGAGAAGAUGAAAGAUCACGAAAACGGUGUUCGUUUUCAUGAGCUAAGAAAAUAUAUUCAACUAGAUAAUGAUGAAUACAUUCCUAUGAAGAUAUAUGUUGAAGUUGAAGAUCCAGUAAUAGGAAGAAAAGUAAAAGAAUUGGUUGAGGCACUUGAAAAAACUAGAGCUCCAGAACAGUUUUAUUUUCAUAAAAAAGAAGUAGAUGAAAAUGCUUAUUUUGCUGAAGGUUAUGGUCUUAGAAUGAAUGAGGAACAGAAAAAACAAAGAGAUGAUUUCUUCUGGGGAGAAGACGUUGAAGGUCUUGAAAUACUUUUAAAAAAGGAAAAGUUAUAUCCUUAA